CGACUCGCGCGGUUGUUAGUCGAUAGUUUUGUCGCUGUGUGUAUUCGUUUUGUCAAUUUUAUUAUAUUUUUUUUAUUUAUCCUCAUGCUUUUUGAGUGAAUCGUGGGGGGAAUACAACGUCCAAUAAAUGCCGUCAACAUUCUAACCUAGUGGUUGGGUCUACUGUACGUAGUAAAAGUCAAGAUGUGAAUAAAUAAAAUACAGCAGAGAAUGGAAUCGUGACGAAAGUGAGGAAGAUUGAGAACAACAGUAAGAUGGAUCCACCGUUGACAAGUAAAGUCCUGCGGGCUCCUAGCCUGAAAAGGGGUCAAGAGAACAUAAGGAUACAAGACAGGAUAAAACUGGAACGUGUGCUGGGCGUGACUGUAUCGAGUAACGCAGCAUUGGAUUGCGACACUACGAGUGAGAUAGUUGCCUAUCCUGCAGGAUGUACUGUAGUCUUAUUUAAUCCACGGAAGAAUACACAAUCACAUGUGGUGAAUGCUUGCAAGAAAACCGUGACAUCACUUGCACUUGCUGGAGAUGGACGACUUCUGGUUACUGGGGAAUGUGGACAUAUGCCAAAUGUUCGAGUUUGGGAUAUAUCCGAUCAACAAAAUCCGAUACAAAUUGCUGAAUUUCCUACUCAUAAAUAUGGCAUUAAUUGUGUUGCAUUUUCACCUAGCAACAAGUAUGUAGUCUCAAUCGGUUCACAACAUGACAUGAUUGUUAAUGUCUGGGACUGGCGGAACAACGUCAAGGUCGCAUCAAACAAAGUGUCAAGCAAGGUGAAGGCCGUGUCAUUUGCUGAAAAUGGAAGUUACUUCGUAACUGUAGGAAAUCGUCAUGUGAAAUUUUGGUACCUGGAGUAUUCGCGAAGUGCCAAGUAUAAAGAACCAGUACCUUUGAUGGGCCGAUCAGCCAUAUUAGGUGAGCAACGAAAUAAUGAUUUCGUGGAUGUGGCCUGUGGGCGAGGAGAAAUGGCAGAUUCCACGUACGCCAUCACAAAAACUGGCUUACUCUGUGAAUUUAAUAAUCGAAGGCUUCUUGACAAGUGGGUCGAGUUGAGAACAACGAGCGCGAAUUGCAUGGCAGUAGGAGAAAAAUAUAUAUUUAUUGGAUGUGCUGAAGGAAUAGUACGAUGUUUUAGUCCCGUAACACUGCAGUUUAUCACAACAUUGCCACGUACACAUUAUCUCGGUGUGGAUGUAGCACAUGGCUUGUCAAUAAGUCACAUGUCACAACAUCCACCAAACGCUAGAUACCCUGAUGCGAUAGCACUGGCGUUCGAUGAGUUGAACAACAAACUAACAUGUGUCUACAAUGAUCACAGUAUUUAUGUUUGGGACGUAAGAGAUAUCAAACGUGUUGGAAAGUCCCAUUCAUUUCUAUACCAUUCUGCCUGCAUCUGGGGAGUGGAGAUGUAUCCAACAAGCACUGAUUCUAUCAACGCCAUGCCACCUGGUAGCUUUAUUACAUGUUCCAGUGAUGACACAGUCAGAGUAUGGAACUUACAAAAAGAUUUACCUCAAGAUCAAGGGGUAUAUAAUCGUAAUAUAUAUAGUAAAGAGUUAUUGAAAGUACUUUAUGUCGAUCCAGAACUGGCGUACUUGAAAGAUCUAGAUUUGGCUGCCGCAGGUUCAGCGGAAAAAAAUGAUACCUCAUAUGAUAGUCGUAAUGGAGUGAGAUCGAUUAGAAUUAGUCCUGAUGGGAGACACAUAGCUUCAGGAGAUCGAUCGGGAAAUAUCAGAAUUCAUGACGUUGCUACGUUAGAUGAAAUAUGUCUUAUAGAGGCUCACGAUGCUGAAGUGCUAUGUUUAGAGUAUUCAAAAUAUACUCAGAACUCGUCAGAAGUACCUAGAUUGUUGGCCAGUGCCUCAAGAGAUCGAUUGAUUCAUGUAUUUAAUGUUGAUGAAGGAUAUAAUUUUCUUCAGACGCUUGAUGAUCAUAGCUCCUCAAUAACAGCAGUGAGAUUCUUCACACAAACGUCUCAGAGUGAUAAGAUUCAGAUGGUAUCAUGUGGUGCUGAUAAAAGUAUCAUCUUUAGACAGAUGCAAAUGACUCCUGGAGGCGCCCCGCAGUUCGUGAGAGAUCAUAAUGCUCAAGGUAAAACUACAUUGUAUGAUAUGGAGGUGGAUUCCGGUCAGAAACAUGUCUUAACUGCGUGCCAAGAUCGGAACAUUAGAGUUUACAAUGUAGCAACUGGGAAACACAGCAAAACGUUCAAGGGAUCUGUUGGAGAAGACGGCUCGCUGAUAAAAGUUGUUUUAGACACUUCAGGAAUUUAUGUUGCAACCUCUUGCACAGACAAGACCUUAUGUGUCUAUGAUUACUACAGUGGUGAGUGUAUGGCAACGAUGUUGGGUCAUUCUGAGUUGGUAACUGGACUACGAUUUAGUCCUGAUUGCCGUCAUUUAGUAUCUGCUAGUGGUGACGGUUGUAUUUUUGUUUGGCGAGUUCCUCAUGACAUGGUGGUGACGAUGCAAGCUCGUCUAGCUCAGCAGGCAAUGCGUGCUGGAAAAAGACCACCACCUGUGCCAAAUGGCCUCGCUAUUCAGUUAGAUAAUGAAACCUUCGGACCACCAUCACCAGAGUUCCUUGAUCCUAAUGCCAACAUGACGAUGCAAUCUACGGCUGACUACCGAUUUAGUGUUGGUCAAUUACCUCAUUGGGCGAAAAAACAAAUCAACACCAAUGCUAGUAAUGAAGAAAAUUUAUCAUCUAGUGUAAGAUCUCUUGGAGUUGAUAUGCCGAAAGGAAGGUGGGCGCAAAGAGUUCAACAGACUGAUGGGAUUACGGUUAAAUCGGUUUAUGAUAGUGAUGAAAUCAUUCCUUUCCCUCCUUCAAGAGGUGCCAUUGAUUCUGAUGGAGGUGGAGGCGGUGCUGGUGGAUCUAAAGAUAGCUCGAUUGACAGUGGAACGGAAACAAAGUGCAGCAGUGAUUAUAGGAGAGAAACAAUUACUAUUAAAAGGGAGGAAGAUGAGAGCGUGUUUGCACUGUGCCCCGAUAGUUACAGAGAGUUAACGGAAGAUUCAAAACAGAUGACGGGUGGCAACGUAACAGUUACGCGAGGUAGCAAUGUCACGGAGUUGACUCGCCAAUCGAGAACACGACAUCACACUGAUGACAGCAGUCUUGGCAGUUUUAAAUUUGAGGAUCAUGAAAGCACAGAGCAUGAUGGAGACGUGGAAGACUAUUCAGAAGGAGAAAAUGGAACGACAGGUUCUGAAAAAUCUCAUCACCAUCUCAUGUAUUAUCCAGCACCAGAGGACACAGUUUCUAAUCAAUUUAAAGUCAAUGCAAUGGACGUGGAAGAGCUUCGAAGAUCCAUGAGGCGAGGGAAAAAGAGUAGAGGUGCAGAAAGUACUCGAAGUAGUGAAUUAACAACCGCAUCUGGAAGCCAAGAUGACUCUGAUUCAGAAGGGGGUGCUUCUACACCUAGUGCUGAACGCAAUCCUUUGUCUAUGUUAUCUGAAGCAAGCUCUGAAGGGUUCGAUCAAGUUGCUAAUCAAACACAUCGUGAAAAGUAUUUAAAAAAUGCUUUCGAGUCAUUAAGUGGUGCUGAUGAGCCUACAAAUAGGAAAAAAUCCAGUAUUAGUUCACAAUUUCAUGGAAGAUUUAGCGGAGGAGGUGAAAAUCAAGAGAACAAAACACACCCAACUGUAAUAAUAAGCGCACCGAAAAAUACGAAACUUAGUUCAGAUACAACGAAAAAGCGUGAAGAAUUACAAAGAAGAAUAGAAGAAACGAGACGAAAAUUACAAAGUGUGGGCUAUAGAUCUUCUUUAAAAGCAAGUCAAAGUAUUUCAGAUCUCACUUCUCACAUCCCAGAUCGGCAUCAUCGAGCAAAUCGAAUCGGAUCAGGUAAUAAAUGUGCGCAAUCAGUGUAUUAUACAAUACUAACAAAUCCUUGUAUAAAACCUCAACCAACUUCAAAUUCCCAAUUAAAAUCUCAACUCUCUACUAACGUUUCUUCUGGCUUUGGGAAUACUAUUAAAAACCUUCAAGAACCAGAUAAUAAAAGCUUACCUAAAAGUAAGACAAUGUCUUCAAUAAAUGAUCGACCACAAUUGAGUACAAGUCGACCUCUAACUUUAACUCUAAAGAAAACUGAAAAAUAUAAAUUAUCUGUCAAUAAACCUAAUCAAUCAUUGCCGGAAUCUCCGGUUAGUGAAGAACUAAAAGCAUUAAAAGAAGCUUGUAAAAAAAAUACAAAUGGAUUCAUUAAAUUUGCUCAAAAACGAAGAUCUUGCAGUUAUUUUAUUGGACUCAAUGAUAAUCCUGAAGAGAUUAACAACAUUGCCAAGUCUUUCGAAAGCUUGCCAGCUAUGAAUGAGCCAGCAAUGAACGAAUUAUCUGAUGAGGGUGAUGGAGAUGGCAAUUUCAGCGAUGAUUCUUUGGAGAGUGAUUAUAAGAACCCACCCAGAAGGUGUGUUAGCGAAUACCAAAUAAAUUUAUCUGAAGCAAACAACGAAAAUAAAUCAUUUCUGACAUACCCAAGAAAAAAAUUAAAUGAUUCUCAAGAGAGUAUUUUAUCUGAUGCUUCUGGAGAGGUGUUUGACUGCCAGUAUGACAAUGAUAGACAUUCUAGUGCAAGUUUUUUCUUAUCUCGUAGAAAGAUGCAAGCGGCUGCAAGUCAAGAAAGUGUUUUAACUGACGCUACAGAUGAUUAUCAAACCUUUCCACUACGCGAAAAUGAAGAUCAUAGAAGUACAGAGAGUAUUUUAUCUGAUGAUUCAGAUUCUCUUGUGAAAUCAGCGCCUCUAGAAAUGCUUUUUGAUUCUCAUUACCGUAGAAAACGUCAAAAUUCCGAGACGUACAAUGGAAAUCCAAAAAACAUGAUAGAAAAGGUUGAAGAAUCGAAACCAAUCAAUAUUCCAACACCCACACGAGCUGUUUUUCGAUCCAAAUCUCUUCAAGAUACAAGAUUGAGUGCCAUUAAAAAUGGAAUUAAUUAUACAGAAGAAAAUUUUAGGCCUAAUCGAACAAUUUAUUAUGAAUUUAACGUGGAUGACUCAAAGGAUUAUAGUUCUAAACUGCGUAGCUCACAAAGACCUGAUGGAACGAGAAGCAAUAGCCUGAAAGAACCUCAUUCAAUGUUAAUUCUUGAUAAUUUUGUACCUCAUAAACCUCCGAAACCUAAAAGGAACUUCUCACGUACGCAAAGCAUGAGAAAUCGCACCAGACCUGCUUGGAAUAAAUAUAAUGUUGAUAUUCAGCCACGUCAGGCAUCAGAAUUGAAUACUAAAUAUUCAAAUAAGGAGUCUUUAGCUCAUGAAAACCAGAGUAAACAAGCUACUAUUGAAAAAAGUGAUAUUAAAUCUAUUGAAAAUUGUUCUUUGAAUAUCUCUAAACACUAUGAAUCUUUGAAUAAUCAAGAAAUGAACAAGAUAUCAACACAAUAUCCUGAAGCAAGCAAAAAUGUCGAUAAUACUAAUAAGUUGAUGAAUAAUGAUUACAAUAAUCGUAAUAAUAGUAAUAUUAGUGGCAUCAAUAAAAUUGCAUGCCAGGAAUUGAAAAUUGAAGUUUCGAGGAUUGAAGAUGUUGAUGCUGACAGUGGAUUUGAAAAUCAGGUUCCUACUAAGGAUACUUUUGAAGCUUACGAUUCAUUAGAACCAAAUGGAACUUCUUCUUGCGAUGUUUCUACCUCAGACUCACAAACUCAAGACUCAAAUAAAGAUGCUGAAAAGAAGUUUGAUGCUUUGAAUAGUACAGUUGACAUAAGGAUCAGCAGAGCCAUUGAAGGAACUGUCAAAUUAUUGUCAAAAGAAUUUGAAAAUUUGGUCAGAAGGGAACAGCAAUAUUUAGUUACUGAAAGACAUGCUUGGAGAGCUGGAAAGGAUCCAAAUCAAAAUUUCUCACGACAAGAUAUUGAAAGAUAUUCGAUCAUGAAUAUCAGACGAGAAAUGAGACCAAGUUCAGGAGGUGAAGACAGUGAUUGUGCCAUGGAUAAAUCAUUAAUGGAAUCUGGAUCUUCUACUCCUGGAUCAAGCUGUGCUAACUCUCCUAAAAGAAUCUGGCCACCUGCUUCUCGUUGUCAAUUAAAGUGGACCAAAACAUUACCAACAAUCAGCCAAGAUGUGCUGCCUUCAAAACAUCACUUUGCAGUUUCAGGUAAAGUAAAUGCCAAAAAUUCUAAUACAUCGUCAAGAAGUGGAACUGGAGUUAAUCACACCAGUGGAAUGACUACGAGAUAUAAUUCGAGUAAAUCUCAUUCAACAUACAUGACUCGAAGCAGUAGCGUUGGAGUAUUAAAUCAGCAAAGUGAUUCGGAGUCAGAUGCAGGAAUGGUAUCAAGUGGUAGAAAUUGGGCUAAUUCAACGACAAACAAUCGUAUGAGUGGGCUGAUGAGACCAACAAUAAGCUCACAGAAUAAAAUCAAUCAUCAAACAAAGCCCAUUUCUUCUUCUAACAGUAAUUUGCCGAUGGUUUUAAGAAGACGUGGAAUGCAGUCUGCUUAUUCUAGUGUUAAUCUAAGUCAAGUUGGAAACCAAGAGGAUUCCAGCUCUGAGGAUACAUCCUCAAACGGCAAUGGUGUAAAGCCAGCAUUACCUCCACGGCCUAGGAGUAUCAAUAUAGAUCUUUCAACUAAUUUAAAUUCUUCUGGAACUACAAUAAGACGAUCAGGAUCAGCUGCGACAAUUUCGAACGGCCGACCUGUCAGUGCAGUUAAUCAAAGCAAUUUAAGGCUUUCUAGUCGCAACCAAAUGGAGCAAGGUCUACAAGAACUUCCUAGUAAAGAUGAGGAUAGUUCUGUAGAUAUAGCCAAUGCAGAGUUAAACACGGAUAGAAGAUUAGUAUCUCCUCAAUUAUGCAACACUAUUGCGGAUGAGUUAACACGAACGGCAGACAAUGUAGUCCAGUUAUACAAACGAUUGACGAUGGAUAACUCCGGAACUUCGUCAAAUGAAGCUAUCGAUAAGGAGACAAUGUUAAAAGGUCUAGAAUCAUCGGUAAAUGAAGCAAUGCGAACGCUUCGUUUAGUAGCAGCUGGAACUUCGAAUAAAGAAGCCACUGACAAUGAUUCGCCUGCAGUCAAUGAAGCCGCAGAAACGUUCCAAGAAUUAUUAGCGGGCCAAGAUCAGGGUAAAGUUGUCAAUAUAAUGCAACAAUAUUCGGAAUUGCUUUUAAAUAUGAUGAAACAAAGAAUGAGUGGAACUCAACCUAAUCACGCCUAGAUUCCGUCCGGGCGAGGAUUUGCUUGUUUAUUUCAUUAGGCUUUACGUCGAGAGUAUAUUUUAUUGCCACAAGACUAACAAAUCUGUGGCUUUAAUUAUUGAUAUUCAAAUGUCCCUGCCAAUGAUAUUAUAAAUUUCAAUUCAAUUGAUAAUUAAUCAUAUAAGAUAGACGUCAUGGAAAAAGUCAGUUUUAAAAGAAUAAAACUUAUGUAAAAAAUAAUUUUAUUGAACAUUUUCAACAAACAUAAUUAUAUUUUUUUUAAAUUGAAAUGAAGUUUGGCUUAUCAUUGAAUGAAUAUUACUUUUUAAAUCACAAUGCCAACAAACAAACCAUGAAAAAAGAUUUUCUUUUAUCAAACAAUAAUUGAGCAUAGAAAGUGGAUUAUUUCAACAUUGGUGAUCAUGUUAAAAAUGUUCAAAAAAAUUUGAUGAAAAAGUUAAUAACAGACUUCUUCAAAAAAAGAUCAUUUGCACUACAAGUAAUAGUAAAAAAAAAAGUAACAAACAUUUUUCUUUUCACUAUCCAACAAUAACAUGAUAAAAAAAAACUAUUUUUGAGCCAUAAUGAAAACAAAGCAAUUAAUGAUUAAAUAGUAAAAGAUAUAAACAUUGUACAAGUCACUACUUAAAUAAUUAUCCCAUUUAACGUUAGAAAGAUAAAUUAUCUUCAUCGUUCAUCUGAUUUCACAUGUUGGUUUCAUUCAUUUUCAUAGUUUCUUUAUUACAUUAUACGCUCACAUAUUUUUUUGAUGAAAGAAUGAUUCUUAAAAAAUUCAUCCGUACUUACUUUCUCGAGUUAAUAAUUUCAUCGUGCUGAAAUUAUAAAAUUACGGAGAAAGUAAUGAAUUCAAAUAAAUUCAGAUGUAGUGUACACUUUAAUUUUAAUAAUAAUUAUCAUAUUUAUUGAAAAUAUUUGUGUCAGAAAAUAAAUAAGUACUUUAAAUUAGCGUCAGGCCAUAUGCCAACAAAUGCCAAUUACUAAAGACUCGUAAGUUAGUAUUAAAAUAUUAAAUAAAAUAAAACUAUUAAAUUAAUACACUGUUGCAAGUAUUGAGUGGUAUUAUAACGGUAUUAAUGUUUUUCGUUUGUUAUAUAACCAAAGGCUGUACCGAUUACAUCAUACUUAUGUUUAUUGUAUUAUUUUCUACGGUAAAAAAUUACAUUAAAUACUUUGUGCUUAUAAACAAUAGAAACAAUGUUAUUUUAUGAAU